GUACGGUAAAGUUGGUGGCAUAAACGGUGGUUCCCAUCCGGGCGUGCACCAUCCGGUGCCGGCGGCACCACCACAACAACCGCCGCUCCCGGGAGGACCUCCGGGAGCUGGCAGCCCGCCCGGUCCGGUUCAGUUCACCAGCGGGCCGUCGGCCGGGUCCGUCCUGUACGCUACGAAUCCGUACAACGAUCCCGCCUAUCUGCAGAUGGCCCUCGGCGCCUACCUGGCCCCCUCGUCCACCGGCUACAAAACCGUCGACCCGUACUUCCUCUCGCAAGGAAUUUUCGCCAGCUCGUCCCUGUUUCCCGGUGCCGGCUGCCCGGAUAUUGCCCUCGGCCUGGGGAUGGGCAUGAGCGCCCUGCGGCACUGCCGACGCCGGAAAGCUCGCACGGUGUUCAGUGACCCCCAGCUGACCGGGUUGGAGAAACGUUUCGAAGCUCAACGCUACUUAUCGACACCGGAGCGUGUCGAGCUGGCGACGGGCCUCGGGCUCAGCGAGACCCAGGUCAAGACGUGGUUCCAGAACCGCCGCAUGAAGCACAAGAAGCAGCUUCGCCGACGUGACGUCAACGGCACCAGCGCCGAAACGGGCACCUCCACGAGCGGAGGAGGAACUGGGGCCACUGGAGCCGCCGGAACCAACACCACCAACCCAUCGGCCAACUCUUCCACUUCCGGCCGACUGCAAGGAACCGUGCCCUGUCCGGGCUCAUCCUGUUCCACCUCUUCGACGUCCUCGACAACGACUUCUUCCAUUUCCGCGGCUUCGGCGGCCGCGGCAGCCUCCGCGGAGAAGAACGGUUUCGCGCUGUACAACGGUGGUGCUGGUGGCGGUGGCAAGUCAGCGGUAUCCCUCGCAGGUAGCGGCCCAAAGCCAUCCCCAGCCAUCGGAAGUGGUGGUGUGUCGCUAAAAUCUCUCGCGAACAGCGACGGUCGACCAUUGCACUCAUCGUUUAGCCUCGUAAAACGGGCCGCAGCGGUGGCCGCGGUUGCCGCCAUGACCAACGGCGGCGCCCCACCGCACCUACCACCGCCGUCACCGCAGGGAGGGCCACCCACGGGACCUCAUCACCCGUUCGCCACGCAUCACCCGCACGGCCCCCAAAUGCACCACCACCAUCCGGCCCCGUACCACUCGAUGCAUCACCAUCUGGCCCAUCAGUUGGCAUCACCGGCGCUGCGGAUGGGUGGCCAACCGGAAGGUUCUUCGCUCAGCGAUGCAGAUGACGAAGACGACGAGGAUUUGCUGAACGAUAGCGAGUCCGACUGCAGCGAUGUCGACAUCGUCGGUGACGAUCAGGGUUACUUGACGUAG